AUUUUAAGCAUGCAUGCAUUUUUUAAAUAAUUUGCGAAAAUUUUCAAAUAAUGUGAACGUUUUCAUUAUAAUAUUGGAUUAUGGCCUAUACUAAUAUCAGUAUUAAAUCUCGAACGUGGACUAUUAAUUUUAGUAAUAAAAAUGACGUUUAAUAUGCGACACUUAUAAUGCAACCCAAUCUAGCGCAACCAAACGAUCUCAAAACAUCGAUGGUUAACGAAAAAUCGGGUUAUAACCCCAUGAAGUCGAUUCCCAUAUUAGUGACGGGAGAAUCUUCCCCUACAAAGAUACGGUCCGCCUCUAUAAGCUCGGUGAGUACAGAGCUCGAGGACGACGCAAUAUUCAGGAAGCGAUGGAAGAGCACGUACGGGUUCGUACUAGCCUGUAUUCAUUUGUCCCUGGGACUGGGUAACGUUUGGAGAUUCCCUUAUAUCGCCUAUCGACACGGUGGAGGUUCAUUCGUAAUCGCUUACCUAAUAAUCACGGUGAUAAUAAUAAUACCAUUGUUUUUCCUCGAAACCUCUCUGGGGCAAUUUUCGAGUCGCGGUCCGCUGGCAAUAUGGGUUAUUUCUCCCGCUUUCAAGGGGAUUGGAUAUGCCAUGUUAACCAUAUCGACCCUAGCAGCCAUGUACUUCAACAUGAUAAAUUCGUACAGCAUUUUGUUUACGUUCGCAUCGCUGCAAGAGAAGCUUCCCUGGGAACAUUGCAACAAUUGGUGGAAUACCAAUGACUGCAUUCCUUUGCGAUUCGUUAUAUCUCAGACUUCCUUCAAUACGACUUCCAAUACUUUCGAAGCCUCGGUGCUGCACUCAUCUUCCAAAUUUCGUGAUUUACUCCCUCCUAGGCCUUACAAUUUUUCAUCCGCUUCUCACAUCAUGGCGAACCCUUACGUAAAUGACGACGGUUUCCUGAAAGACUGUUAUCCUUCCUACCUCCCUACUAAUCUCAGCGCGGUCAACAAAAGUUUAAGUAAUACCUCGACCAAUUCCAUGCGCUCCAACAAUAAUUACAUAUUCACAGCGGGUUCCGGUAAAAUUCGUUUGAAAGGUAGCGGUAAUGGAUCUUUGAGCCAAUCGGAAAUGGGCCUAAUAAACGAAAACAAUAGCGACUUUGGGUAUAGCAUGAGCCCCGUUCUAGCCACCGAACAAUAUCUAAAAGUUUUCCUGGGAGAAAAUCUAGGGAAGCAGUUACGUUUAAGCUGGCAAUUGGCGUUGGGAUCGCUCUUUAUAUGGAUAAUAGUUUUUGCGGUGCUAAUCAAAGGCCACAAAUUUUCUGGAAAGGUGGCAUACGUGGCAUGUUUGUACCCUUUCGUUUUGUUCAUCGUCAUCUUUAUACGCGUUCAGUCGUUGACCGGAGCUCGCCCCGGAAUGAUAAAAUUCUUUUUACCCGAUCGAAGAAUUCUGACCGCCGAAGUUUGGCACGACGCCGUAGUCCAGUCCUUCUUCUCCAACUUUGUAUGCUGGGGCCCCAUCAUCAUGAUGGCUAGCCACAAUUCCUUCUUCAAUAAUUUGCUCCGAGACUCCCUCGUGGUGCCUUUCGUUAACUCGUUAGCCGCCAUCAUUAUUGGCGUCAUUUCUUUUGCCAUCGUGUCCUACAUAUCCUUCCAUACCUGCAUACCUUUCUAUGACGUAGCUCCGAAGGAUCCUAGCUUCAUAUACGUCAUAUACCCAGUCAUAAUCUCCACAUUUCCCAUAUCGCCCCUAUGGGGGUUUCUCUUAUUCGCUACCAUAACCCAACUCGGGAUAAACAGCCAACUCUUUUGCGUGAAAACACUUAUCACCUCGAUCAUGGAUGAAAAAAUUCCUCAUUUUACGAAACCAUUGAGGAUAAUAUUUUGCACCUCGCUAGUUCUCUACCUUUUUGGACUCAUAUUCGCAACAAAGAGAGGUGUCUACUUGAUAGAAUUUGUCGAUUUCGAAACAACGGCAUGGUCUUUGCUAGCCAUAGCUCUCCUAGAAUGCGUGAUAGUCAGUUGGGUUUACGGGGCCGAUCACCUUCUACUGGAUAUUCGUAUAAUUCUACGCCGACCUCUUAGACUCUUAUGGCACGCCGCGUGGAGCUAUACCACACCCCUUACACUUAUGAUUAUAAUAAUCGUUUCGAUUUUGGAUAACAGGGAUAUUAUAUUGCCUUACCCGUUGAUUACUGCCAAAAAUCAGGGUUUCGACUCCAAAACGGUGUGGAUAACUGGCCUGGCUUGGGCGAUCUCAAUCUCGCCUCUCAUCAUCAUCAUAUCUGUAUUCGUUUACCAUUUCCUCAGGACAGGGGUAAAAUCUUCAAAGGCGACCCCUACAGCCAAAAUAAUCUCCAGCUCUUCCAUGCCCACAAUGAAGAUAGCCAAACACGCUAAAAUGAACGAAGACGCUUACAUCAUCAGUGGGAUUAAUAGACCCGCAAGUUUGGGUUCUCCCACCUCCAGCAAUAUAAUUAAUGGCAACGAACAAUCUGGUCAAAGGACAGGGGCAGAAGGAGCCACUGCCAGUGGUAAGCAUUAUAGGAGACUUUUUUUUGAUCGUAGCAGGAAUAGACUCAGGAUCAAGAAAGAACCACCUUCCCAGCUCACUGCUCCCACUCUGAAAGAGAGAUUGAUAAAAUGCAUAAGCGCCACUCCCGAAUGGGGGCCCUUUACGGAAAAUCAUCAGUUACUCCAACAAAUAGCCUUUAGAAUUCAACGGUGCAACCAUCAGAUUCUGAAUAAAGCCGUCCAUAAAAAGGCUCGGGAAAUCAUCAAUCUCGUCAACCAAUCCGGAUCCACCAAUCUAUGCAUCAAGGAUCUUUUGUUCAUAAACCCCAACGCCCCAGCCGGCAAAGACGGCGAAACAAGGCUACAAAACAUAGAAGAUAUUGGGACCGUUAAAAUGAAAGCUCCAAGAAAAUAUUCUUUAUUUGAUGGCUACAAAGAAGUUGUCUUCAUGGAACUGCCGAAGGACCUAAUGACCAAAAUAGACGAGCCUGGUGUGUACACAUUUCUUCAGCCGCUCGAUAUUGACGUUCCUUCUAACAUGAUACUCCUACCUAAUUCUGCCCAGCCAGAUUCUGAUAAAAUCAAUAACCGUCAAGAUGAUUCCCGCAAUUACUAUUCCCCCAGGUUUCGAUCGCAAGAUUUCUCGGUUGAUUUUCCCAAGAUAGCUAUGGCUAACGAAUCUCGGGGGGACAUAUUGGAUGGCGUUAAAGCUGACAAUGAAAACAUGCAGAAAAAUGACCUUUGGAACAAAAUCAAAACAGCCUACCUUCACAACAACGAAAAGGAAAAAUUUGCGAAAGCGGCAUUAGACUUGUCCAAAAUGGAUCACAUGGAAAAGGGGCGCAGAGGAAGUGAUAAAUUUUUUAUCGAAACCGAUUAUCCUAUGCAUAGUUUUGUAUUCGGGCGAAAAACGGAUAUCGAUCAUAGCAUCGGAACCGACAAAUCAUCAGGAUUUUUAGAUCCAAUCUUUUAUCCCUCCGAAAUUCCUUACCAAUUAUCCCCAUCUCUCAUUGGGUCCUCCAGCAACAAUUACUUAUCUAUACCAGAUAUCGACAGAAGAAGGUCCUCUCUAAUUACCAAAAGUUUUUCCCCUGUUAAAACAACUACUAAUGAUAAUCAAACUAACAUUCCAAAACGGUGCCGCUUUACGCUGGCCCAUAUAGACGCCGAACAUAUAAGUACUCCCUUGACGCUUAUUCAGCAAAACAAUCAUUCACUCGAAAAAUUAAACGAUAGGGAACAAGAAAAAAGGGAAAAUGGAUUGAAAGAAGAUCCGCUGGAAUUUAAGUUGAUUGACGGAGAUAUGAACCUGCUCGAAGAUCCUACUAAUCCUAACACUUCAUCUAGGAUUUGAAUUUUUCUUCAUUUUCCUACAAUAUUUUUUUAACAUAUAGUAAAGGGAACAAUAAAUAUUCUUAGAGAAUUUAUGGCAAUUAUUUAUUAUAUAUCGCUAUUUAUUUUUUGACAUAUAUAUUAUUAUAGAUUUUUAAAUAUCUAUUUUAUAUUUUUAUAUAUUUACAAAUCUCUAAAAUAUUUCAUAUAUUAUGAGAUAUAAUUAUAACGGG